AUGUUAAAAUCAUCUGUUUUAUGGAUAGGUGCAGCAGGGGCAGAUCGAUGGUCUACUGCUGGCAUUACGAUUGUCAAUUCAACAUAUGUUACAUCGGUUAAUGGCCUCUUUAUUGAUCCCGGCGACACAUUGUAUUUCGUAGAUGAAACAGCAAAUGCUGUGGUAUGGAAGUUAGACAAAGGCAGUACCGUUCCAGUCAUUAUUGCAGGAGUAAAAGCUGUUACCGGUUCGACUGCUGGUCUAUUCUCUAAUCCACAAGCUGUCUAUGUCGAUUCAAAACAAAAUAUGUAUGUAUCUGAUUUGAUGAAUCACAGAAUACAAAAGUUCAUCAAUGGCUCAACUGUUGGAACCACUGUCGCUGGUAUAACUUCAACACCUGGUUCUCAGCUAAAUCAGUUACGUGGUCCACGGUAUUUGUGGGUGGAUCCGAAUGAAGAAUACAUAUACAUUGCUGAAAGUGAUAAUAGCCGUGUUAUGCGUCAUAGGACAAAUUCCACAUCAGGUACUGAUGGCGUUCUUAUUGCAGGUGGAAAUGGUCAAGGUAAUGCAAUCACACAACUCAGUUAUCCGUACGGUAUUUAUUAUGCUCCGAAUAUAAGCAAUUAUUUGUACAUCACAAAUAUUGCUAAUAGUUGUGUUAUGAAAUGGGCAAUCAAUGCAACAUCAGGAACUUUCGUAGCAGGUGUACCAGGCACAUCAGGAUCAAAUGCUACACUUCUUAAUACACCAGUGGGUAUUAAAAUAGAUGCUUUUAUGAAUAUGUUUGUUGUCGACAAUCAAAAUCAUCGCGUACAAAUGUUUUGUAACAAUAGCCAGAUUGGCAUAACAGUUGCUGGUAAUGGUGUGGCAGAAGAUGAUGGAAUUCAAUAUAUUGAACAUUCGCCUUCUGGAUCAAUUCAAGUGGGUUUUGGAGGAUAUUUUGAUAAUGAUGCCAUCAUCAAUCAAUUUACUCGUUUGUUCAAAAUGUUACCAUUUAAACAAGCUUAUGCAAAUCAUAAGUUUCAUGUUAUUGUGGAUAAUGUUCGUACUCACAGUGCUAAACACUAUUCGGUUGAAGAUUUUGGAAUGAAACCUGGUACGCGUUGUAAAACUGAUAAAAUAUUCUACAGAGAUGAAGAUGGUAAAAAAACAAUCUAUCGACUGCUUUUUUUGCAACUGGUAGCAACAAAGGACAAUCAAAAGGCCUACUCAUCUUGGCAAAAGAACUUGAUUUCAAAAUUAGAGAUGGUUGCUAAUGACUAUGGUGUAGCAGUUAGUUUCUCGCCGAAGUUUCAUUGCGAGUUAAAUCCUAUAGAAGGAUUAUGGGCAUACCAAAAACAAUUCGUUCGAAGUCGAACAGACCAAACAUUCCCCACCAUGCUCAAAUUAAUUCAAAAAUCAAGAAUAAAUUUCAUUGAGAAGAACGUUUCUUUGAAAUUAAUCAGAAGAUUUUGGCGUACUUUAGUUGCUUACAAACGCGGUGAUUCUUAUGAAGAUGUGCUCAAGAUGUAUUCCAGUUCAAUGUGCACAGCUAACGUCAUUUCACAUCGUCAAAUUACUAAUUCCAACUUGGACAACUGA